AUGGACGUGUCAUGGGCUACGCAAGAGAGUGAGGCAGUGGCGGAGAAGGUGCUCCGGUACCGGCGGGACGAGUCAGGCUGGAAAAAGUGCCGGGAAGGCAAUGGAGUUUCAGUUUCCUGGAGGCCAUCUGAGGAGUUUCCAGGGCAUCUGUACCGAGGGGAAGGCAUUCUGUGUGGGACACCAGAAGAGGUGUGGGAUUGCAUAAAGCCAGUUGCUGGAGGCCUCCGGGAGAAGUGGGAUGACAAUGUGACCAGUUUUGAAAUUGUUCAAAGCAUCACGGAUGUGCUGUGUGUGAGCAGAACCUCCACACCCUCAGCUGCCAUGAAGCUGAUUUCUCCCAGGGACUUUGUGGACUUGGUGUUGGUGAAGAAAUAUGAGGAUGGCACCAUCAGUUCCAAUGCUACCCACGUGGAACAUCCAUUGUGUCCUCCAAAGCCAGGUUUUGUGCGAGGAUUUAACCAUCCAUGUGGGUGCUUCUGUGAACCUCUGCCAGGGGAGCCUAACAAAACCAAGCUGGUCACAUUCUUCCAGACAGACCUGAGUGGCUACCUCCCUCAGAGUGUGGUAGACUCCUUCUUCCCUCGCAGCAUGGCUGAGUUCUACCCCAACCUUCAGAAGGCAGUGAGGAAGUUCCAUCACUGA